AUGUUUGACCGAUCACCAAUAAACAGCGGGAAACGUAAACCAUCCCAUACUUACUUGGACUACGAAAAUUCUCCAGAACAUGUGGAGCUGACAGAGAGGUUGUGUAAAACUCUCUACUAUGGUUAUAACACACCACCAGAUUAUCCAUCUCUCCCUCUUUCAGAAAUCACUGUUAAGUUUUUCCAAGAUGCAGCUCCAAGGUCUUUGGGUAAAGUGGAUAUGUAUUUGGCUUCCUCCAUGACUAAACAUGCCAUGAUGUCUCCUUGCUCUGUGAUGCUAGGAAUCAUUUAUGUAAACAGAUUGAAAGAUAAGAACCCAGAAUAUCUGAUGCAGAUUUCUUCGGCUGAUCUUUUCCUGAUUUCAAUGAUGAUGGCUUCCAAGUAUCUGUAUGAUGAAGGAGUUUAUGAAGAAGUUUUCAAUGAAGAUUGGGCUGUUGUUGGAAUGAUGGAAACUGCCGAUAUAAACCAACUUGAACAAGAUUUCCUGGCAGCACUUGAUUGGAGACUAAUGGUACAUGAACAUGAAUUCAAGCAGCUAUUAGACACUAUUGAGAAGAAAAUAGCUUUUCAUGAAAGUUAUAAGCGUGGCUGGCUGUCAUACACAGAUGUGUGGACUCUGACACAGGGUUCUUUCUAUGGUGACAUCUGCAAGCACAUGGGACAGGAAUUGGCUAAGAUGUUUGCUGUCAGUACUGUGGCUUAUGUUGCUGGUGUUUUAACAUUGCUGACUUCUUCAUAUCUGGCUGUGUCUAUGACUUCCAGAUUGACAGCUCUUACUCAACAACCAACUGUAUUGCCAGAACUUCCCUUCAAUUUGCCAGUGAUCUCCCAUGAUGCAGUCUCUUCAGUAAACAUUCUGGGUAUGAGGAAAGAUAUUGGUUGUGAUCUCCCUGCCAUGAGUUUGCCUUUUUCAGUUUCUCCUGCUUGGUUACUACCUUCUUCUGUAUCGUCAAUAAGCAGCUUUCUUUACCAAAUGAUGGUAGCAAGCAGUCUAGAGUACGUCAGCUAUGGCUUUCCAGGUGACUUGAACUUUUUGUGGAGACAGAGUGAUGAGAGUAAACAUCAUGCUAGUGAUGCCCUGCAUAUGAAAGGACAAAAAACUGAUAAUGGUGCAUUUAUUUCGUCUGGCCAGGAGGAGCUUUCACCUGGGAAACUCUGGACACCAUCUGCCCUAAACUAUGACCAAAACCCUAAUCCAGUUGUGAGGGAUGAGAAUUCGUUAUACACUGCUGAAAUUGUAUCACCACAAGCAAUACUGGCAACAACCUCCACUGCAUCUUCCAAUGGUAAUAGUUACAGAUACCUGUCUGAAAACCAACCCUUAGCACCAUCCCAGAUUUCAAAUUCAAGUGCUUGGUCCGAGAAAGGCUUGUCUGUUGAUGAACUGCCAAGGAUGAAAUACCCUGCCAUUAGCACAGCUCUGUUAAACCUCGUCACUCUGUUUUCUCUCAAGACUUCACCAUCCUCCAACCAGGAGUCCAAGCAGGAAAGUGGGCAUUGCAAACACUGUGAGAAUGCUCGGCAUUCUGCUGCCCAUCGUCCUGCUGCCCAUCGUCCUGCUGCCCAUCAUCCUGCUGCCCGACUUACUGCUGAAAUCAAACCCUGUGCUGCUGAUCUACUUUCGAAUUACUCUCGUAUAUCUGUGUCUUCAAAGAGGAACCUGCUAGCGAAGUGUUCUUGGUCCCAAUGGCAUAGUGAGCGAAAGUCCAACAGUAGGCAAAACCAGUUGUCGAGUGAUGAUGUGAACCUGAUCCAGUCUAAGAAUGUUCCGUCUCAUUUGUCUACCAUUGUAUCCUCGUCCGGUUCCUCCUCAUCAUUACAUCCGUCUUUCCUUUACAAUCCCGGUGCCACCUCAACUGCCUAUGUGCCCUAUUACUUGAAGAAAAACGACACCCUGUUUUCUCUUCCCUCACAAAAGGAUCCUCAUCGUGGCCAAACUAAAAGCAACUGUUUUCAACUUAGAGGUUUGCAUUCUGAAGGCGACUUGUUUAACCAAAGUCUGAGUCUCCGAAGCCUGACUGCUACCUUCUUGAUGGGUAGCAGGUAUCACUUCAUUGCUGAUAUCUCAAAUAGCUUUUCAGACCUGCAAGUGUCCCACAGUUCUUCCUCCAUUCCCAACAUGUUUGUCUUCCCAUGGCAGCUUGCUUUUCUGGAUGCUGGUUGUGGAAAUGUUGUGUAA